AUGGAAGUUUCAGAAGACGAGCUUGUUCUUCGGCCUGAAAUUACAAAACGCCUUAAGAAAAUUUUUCAGCCUUACACUCAUUUUAUCAUUUGGUUUGUAGAAGUUGGACGUGGCGUCAUAUAUGUUGAUGUUCCUGCAAGUUUAGAUCUAACCAAGUUUGGUGACGCAUUUGGAAAGGCCCUUAACUUCACAUUUGAAGAACAUAUCUCUUACACAAUACAACUGAUUCGGAAAAUGUUUAGUAAAACUGAAGACAUAUUAAGUAAAUGGGAGAGAGCUUUAGAUGCUUUUAAGCGUGAGGCUGAAGUGUACAAAGCAAAGAAUGGAAAACCACCAGUUAUCAUUUACGAUAAUGUUAGCCGAUUAAUUGCAGACCAUCCAAGAAUUCUUGAUGUUCUUCAGGACGACGCAAAGGAUAACGCCGACGACAGAAAAUACAUCGCCGUGUUUGUCAGCAGUGAAGGAGGUGUCCCGAGAAGAAUGGAAUUGAUGGAAAUUGGCGAUCUCAGUGAAAAGGAAUCAAAAGAUUAUCUGAUAAAUAAGCGCAAUAUCAAAGAAGAUGCAAAAAAAUUUUAUAAAUUAGUUGGUGGGCGAAUUAUGGAUCUAAAGAUUGUGGCAGACAAAUUUAUAGAUGGAAAAUCUCUUGAAGACAUUAAAAAUUCGAUUCUAAAUGAAAUCGAGAAGAAAUUCAACACUGCACAACUUCUCCGAAAGCAAUAUCAUCAUGAAAUAGGAAAACGCGUCAUCCAUGCUUUAUUAGAAUCUAAAAACAAAGAGCUUAAAUUUACAACAUUUAUGGAAUAUUUCAAUAAUUAUAAAGAAGCAAAUGAAGUACUAGAAAACAACGUAUUUGCAUAUCAUCCGGAAAAUAAUGUUGUUACAUUUCAGUCCCAAUCGGUAGAAUCCUACAUUCGGGAAAACACCGACAUAUUCGUUAACCUAAUUGAUCUCACCCCCCAAGAAGGGACAUCUUCCAAUCGAACGAACAAGUAA